CGAUACGUCGUCGAUGGCGUCGAUGACGACUCUCUCCGCGUGCGCGAUGGCGCGGUCCGCGCCCGCGUCGACGCGAUCGGUCUCGCGGGACCGCGUCGCUUCCGCGCGCGUCGCUCCCCCCGCGCUCUCGCGCGGCUAUAGAUUUACCAUGAUGGAAGGCCGUCGAAAGGGCGUUCGACGGAACGCGGUGGAAGCCGCCCCCGCGGACACGGACGUCGACGCCGAGUCCCUGAAGUGCGACGUCGAGAACCCGUGCCGAGACGCGGUGAUGGCGAUGGUCGUGACCGGCGAGCGGACGCUGUUCCCGGACGCGAGCGAGGACGAGCGCGCGCGCGCGGCGGAGGCGACGACGACGAGCGCGACGCUCGCCGCGUUCGCGUCGUCCGAGGCGGCGACGCGAGCGAUCUUGACCGGCGGCGAGGGCGACCCGGAGGAACUCGCGGAGCCAAACACGUGGAAGGUUGUCGCCCCCGGGUUCGGCGGGAGGCUGUUCUUCAUAGGACCGGAGUGCAAGCUGAACCCGGUGAGCACGUUUCGCAUUCACGAACCGCGGACGUCCCCGAACGACGACGGCGCUGUGACGAUACAGAUCGAGCAGCUCAAGGGCGAGAUAAACGGCUCGCCCCCGGGGGUUAUCAAGUGGAUCAACGCCGCGUACACAUCCGAGCGGACGGUCACGACGGUGGUUUUAGACCCGGCGAAGGGCGUCGCGCGCGCGAGCGUGGACGUCGCGGUGCGAGUCUCCGUGCCGAGAGCUUUUAAAUUCGUGCCGCUCCACAAGAUCGAGAAGUCUAUGAAGAAGGCGUUCAGAAAGCCGACGGAGAAGGCGAUGGGGGAGAUGUGCGACGCGAUCGGGCGCGCAUACGUCGAAUGGGCGGCCGCGGGAGGGAAGUAG